GGGGACCCAGCGGGACCCAGCGGGACCCGCCGGACCCGGAGGCCGCGGGCGGCACGGCACGUCUCUUCCCGGAAAUCCAGCAGAGAGUUUACAGGUGUAGCGUCCUCCGCUCCGUUCCCCGCUAACGGAUGAGCCCAUGCUAUGCCCCCAGCCCGUCCGCCUGUAGAACUCAGUGAGCCCGCGGGUGCCCGAUGCCUGUAAUUCCCAUACCCCGGCGUGUCCGGUCUUUCCACGGCCCCCACACCACAUGCCUGCACUCAGCCUGUGGGCCGGUAAGGACCACUCACUUAGUGCGCACCAAGUACAACAACUUCGACAUCUACCUGAAGUCUCGGUGGAUGUAUGGAUUUAUCCGCUUCUUGCUGUACUUCAGCUGCAGCCUGUUUACCUCCAUCCUCUGGGUGGCUCUCUCCAUCCUGUUUUGCCUCCAGUACCUUGGCAUCCGGAUCUUUCUGCGUUUCCAGUACAAGCUGUCUGUCAUUCUCCUCCUGCUGGGGCGGAGGCGGGUUGAUUUCAGCCUGAUGAAUGAGCUGCUCAUUUAUGGAAUUCACGUGACCAUGCUGCUGGUCGGGGGGCUGGGCUGGUGUUUCAUGGUCUUUGUGGACAUGUGACCUGAGCGAGCGGAAACCGGUUCCGGCAGCUGGGACCGACCGACCGACCGACCGACUGUCUGCCGUCUGAAUACCCGCCUUUCCCUUUCAUUUUAUUUAUUUAUUUAUGACCGAUCUAUGUAUAUGCAGUAUGUAUCUCUUCUUGGGAAAGGCAACGACCCGUCUCUGGAGCGACGUGCCCUGGGGAGGACAUUUUGCCCCAGUUCUCCUCCUGCCAAAGACGGGUUUUGCACUGUACCAAAAAAGCAAGAAAUGCCCCGAUCUGAGGUAGUAUUUUCUAUUGCCCUCUGGCCAUCCUACUGUGUUGGGGCAGGAGGGGAGAAAAAGAAAGGGCUGUGACUUCUUUGCAAGGAGAAAUUGGGGGUCUUCUUUCCCCUCUUCCCCUCACCCCCCUAUUUGCUCUCUGGCUCUAAAUUCCCCGCUCUGCACAUGUAUUCUUACCCUCUCCUCUCUUUCUGCGUUUUACCUUCAUCCUGAAUGUAAUACAGUAGGGUCCUAUUUAUCAAGUCUGCAUUUUGGGGACCUUGGUGCGACUUCCCUCUUUUUCCUCCCCCCCCC